AUGUAUCUUUUCUCUACUCAUAAAAAAGGCAUUUCCUCUUGUCAACUAGCCAAAGACCUUGUUAUGUUAGAAAAUAGCGUAGAAAUAGAUGAAACCUUUAUUGGUGACAAAGUUCCUGUUUUAGGAAUAUUAGAAAGAAAAGGUAAUGUAAUCGCCCAAGUAGUUCCUAAUGUUAAACGAAAUACUUUGGAACCAAUAAUCAAGUCCAAUGUUGAAAAAGGUUCUAAUGUUUAUACUGAUGAAUGA